UGUGCACAUACUGAAACUCAGGAUCUCAAACCUCACCUAACCAGAAAUUUGUCCCUCCAUCUCUAAUUCUCUAGGUUACCAAAAUAACAUACAUUAUGCUUGUGAAUAAGAGGAUGUACAUGGGACAAAAUGGGAUACCUAUUGAUUCCAGAUGCUUUAAUGGUGACAGAUGAUAUGACUAUUUUAUGCUUUUACUCCAUAUUGUCCGAUAGCUUGGUUAGAAAAUCAGCAAGUGACAAAUUUUUGUAUAAAUUUGGAUGCGUGCUCUGGCAAAAGAUCCAAUAGGAUCUCCUCAAACUUAUCAACAACCUUGUAUGUCUAUUAUCUGUUUGUACAUUGAUUUAUCCGGUGCUCAUGAUUUCCAAGAAAGACUGUCUGGAAUUAGAGUUGUCCUGGAAUAAGCCCUUCUAUGUAAAUCAAUGGAUUCAGCUAAGUUCAAAGCCUUUAAGAAAAUUUUAACCUGCCAUUAUAAUAUUGGUGAUCUAGAAACUCAAACAUAGCAUGCCUUUAAGUCCAACACCAGCUGCACAACAUCAACUUGAAAACUCUCCGGAAUGGAAUCCAUAUGUGAUUGGUCCGGUUGUUGCUGUCUGCACUUUCAUUGUCAUGUUCAGCUACUACAGAAUACUAAAACGACUUUGCUGCUCACUGAAUACUCUAACUUUCUCCAGAAACAGAUUUCAAAUGAGGCGUAUAGGUGAGAAUAGCUUGGGAGAUUCAUCAUUGCAGUAUUACAGCCAUGGACUGGAAUCUGCCAUCAUGUGCUCUCUACCAAUCUCUCAGUUCAAGAAGGAGAAAGAAGAGGAAUCGAGAACAAGCAACAGUGAAUGCGCGGUUUGCUUGGGUGAAUUCGAAGAAGGGGAAUGGCUGAAACAUUUACCUAUCUGUGCUCAUGUGUUUCAUGUUGCCUGCAUCGACACUUGGUUUCAGACUCGCUCAAAUUGCCCUCUUUGCAGGUCUCAAGUCUAUGAUCUAAGUCAUGAAUAUUCUAUUUCUAUGAGCAUAUUGCUUGAGACUCUGAGAAGGGAAGACUUUCUCCAUGAAAGAGCAAAGCAUUACCAAAUCCUACGUCCUGAGAUCCUGGGAAACCCUGCGCCUGCGACUGAAGAAAUAGGUGCUGGACUGGUUUCAUCCCGUUAAGUCCUUUAGUAAGAGCCCGAUGAUGAUUUCCCACAAUUCUGUUGAUUAGAAAAGGUGGGCUCUACAGGCAAUUCAAUAUCUAAUCACAGAGCACCCCAGCUUUUGGCGCAUAAAAUAGGGUUUACUUUGUAGUAGCAUAAACCAGAUAAAUCAUUUCUUGGAAAAUGUAAAUGACCUUGUAAAUCCAAUUUCAGUGGUGCAAGGA